AUGUCUUUCAAUAAACAUGGCCGUCAGUAUGACAUUGUCGUUUUUGGAGCGACAGGAUAUACCGGGCUUUUGACCGCUGAACACAUUACGAUUAACUUUCCAUCAAACCUGCAAUGGGCUGUUGCCGGUCGCUCGCCAAAUAAACUCAAGCAAGUAGUCUCACGGUGCAAGUUUUUGAAUCCAGAUCGUGUUCAGCCUGACAUCGAAGUGUGCAAUAUCGACGAUAAAGAGCUUGCAGUCUUGGCAAGAAAGACAUUUUGUCUCAUCUCAGCAGUUGGUCCCUACGCGCUCUACGGAGAACAUGCAUUCAAAGCCUGUGCGGAAGCUGGUACCCAUUACGUGGACUGCACAGCCGAAGUACCAUGGACGUUAGCAAUGAUUAAGAAGUACGAGGCCACAGCCAGAACAAGUGGUGCUUGCAUGUUUCCUCAAACCGGACUGGCAGUUCCAUCAGACAUUCUUACCUGGGUAAUGGCAACAGAAGCCCGGUCAAAGUUUUCGUCUAAGAUUAGCGAUGUUGUUAUGGACCUUCAUGAACUUCAGUCGUACAAACCAUAUGCUUUGUCGCCGGUUACGAACGAACAUCCACUUCCGAAAUGGCCCAUUUGGUCGGCAAUCACCGGACUAUACAGAGUGCCUCGCCUUGGCCUGCUGUCAUCAAGCCCAACUGGUAACGCUAAUGCAGCUAUCGUGUUUCGCACCUGGGGAUUGAUGAAGACGGAACCGGAGUUACAAAAUGAAUUUUAUGGACCCAAUUUCACCUAUCAGGAAUUUGUUUAUGCCGGAAAUGUUCUUAGAGGUGUGAUGGGGCACUGUAUUCUUUUAACUGUGGCAGUUCUUCUCUUCCUACCGCCGGUCCGAGCACUACUGAGGCUGUUCAUCACGAAGCCAGGGGAAGGACCCGAUAAAGAGGUGGCUAGAAAGGAAAUUAUCGAGUUCCGAGCAAUUGCUGAAACUGAAGUCGAACCUAAAAUCAACAAACAGAUUUUUGGACGGCUCUCAUAUACCGGUAGCAUGUACUAUUUGACUGCUGCUGUUCUUGCAGAAGCAGCCGGGACACUUUUGCAAGGCGAUAGAGAGAGAUUAAAGGGAGGGGUCUACACCCCAGCAUGUCUUGGUCUGAUAUACGUUAAUCGUCUUCGACGAGCUGGUUUCCAAAUCGAAUCAGAUUUCGAGAGCAUUCCCACUGGAGACGUUAGUAUAAUCACAAUGCUGAUUCUUAUACCUGCUCAUAAAUCUCGACUUGAUGCCGGAAUUUUGGUGAAUUUUGUCCAUCUCAGUAAACAUCGCGUCGUCAUCAUCAUGUCUUCCCUGGAAUUUCACGCCCCCGGAUGGCACGACGAGGGUCGAACGCCCGUCGUAGACGGCAAGUACUACGACCGCGCAACCGGCGAGGUGCGCCUUGCGACUGAUGGCGAUCAUCAGGAGUACAUGGGCCCACCCUCCGUCGACAUCAUCGUCAAGAGCCAGCAUAUCGACACUGUUCACUGCACAUACCGCGCGGCGCGGGCGUUCCCCAUGGAGGCUCUCUUGUGUCACAUCAUGAAAGUGGUAGGAGAGAGAAAGCUGGAGGUUGACUCUGUCAUCGCGACACCAUACGCGAUUCGAAUUAUCCUGUCGCAUGAGCUGACGCCGGACAAGUUUACCGAGAUUGCCUCUGAGAUGGUGAAUGGAAUUUGGAACAAAACAGAGUGA